AUGCAACUAGCAUUUCUGGACUUUGAAGCCGCGUUCGACUCUCCUCAUCGAGGCCGUCUUCUCAACGCGCUGAGCGCCGAUGGAGUACCAGGAAACUUCGUUCGCUUGUUCGAUAACAUGAAUCAACGAACAACUGCUGCAGUUCGAACACCAGCCGGAUGUGCAAAACCGUUCGAGGUGGUGACUGGAGUGACACAAGGAGCACGACCGUUCCUGUUCAACUUCAACUUCGUCAUCGAUGACAUUAUGCGAAGGAUAGUUGAUCUGUGUCCUGAUAGUAGAUCUGUGCCCUCCGAUAUCAUUCCAGCACCAUCAGGACGCCCAUUGUCCGACGCUGACGUUGUUGUUAUAUUUGCGAAAAGCAAUGUGGAUCUCUUCGAGACCUCGAACGGGAAUCAGGGUGGACGGACAGCCGAUAGGAUUGUCGAUGAGUUCUGUUACCUGGGCUGUACGCUGAAGAACAACGGCAGCUACGAGAGAGAUGUUCAGCAAAGAUGCGCUAAGGCCACUUCUGCAUUUAACUCCUCAACGAAAUGCUUGUGGUCGGCCCCCAUCACCAACGAAGUCGAGCCGCGAGUCUACCUAUCUGCAAUUCGCCCCAUCAUGAUGUACGGAUUGGAGACUUGGGCAGCACCAUCACCGGUUAUGGAGAGGUUUGACUGCACGGAACGAAAGCAGCUUAGACGGCUACUUGGCUACUUUUGGCCUAGGGUAUGUCACAAUGAAGAUCUUUACGCAGAAAUUGAUGUGGUAUACCGGCGGAUGACACGUGGAAAACAUCAACAUCUUGCACCGCCAUCGAAAGUGGCUAAAGUAAAUCGUCUUCGCUUCUUUGGUCAUAUAUUAAGGAGACCAGCAGAUCGCCUUGUUCAACGAGUUCUGAGGAGUUCGUCGGGUUCGAGCUGGAAGAAGCCACCUGGCCGAAAACGGAAGUUCUGGACUGAGGUAGUGAAAGAGGAAUUGAGGACAUUCGGCGUGUAUAGGCAGUUCAGGCGAGACGUAAGGUUUCCCAGAAUAUGGAACAGCGACGAAUGGAUUGAUUCUGUGCAAGCUCUCGCAGAAGAUCGAGAAGGUUGGGCAGAGCUGUGUUCAAGGACGGCACACCUCGGCGAAGAUGCGGGUAAUCGCGUCAGGCGAUGA